UUGAAUCGGAAUCGGAAGCAGAAGUUCGAGCAAUGGAGAGCUGGACGAAGCAAACCAAAGAACAGAGGUCGUCGAAAUGGAAACGCAACUUCAUCUCUGAAACUUCCCCUAUCUGCCUAAACCUUAACCUUAAUCCUUACUUACCCUAACCUUGUCACAGCAGUCAGCAGAGAUGGAACCCUAAUUCUUUGAACGAGAAUCAAGAGAGAGGAUGGUCACUUCCAUCACUUCAUGAUGUUUCAGAACAAGAAUCCGAUGUCUGUAACUCACUGUCUCAAUCGCUAAUAGAUCGCUCUCUUUAAUUCCAUUCUGAAUGCCACGUAAGAAUCGCUGCUAAUACGUUCCAUGGAUCUCCACUUCGAGUUAUAUAUUUAUUAUUUUGUUGGUGUUUUCCUAGUCCUAACUUAAUAUUGCAUUAUUUCUUUGCUUUCGAGAAAAAGAAAAAGAAAAGGAAAUUCUCGAGUCCUUGGUUGGAGGAGGUAUCAUUUAAUGCAGACCAGCUUCGAAGUCGCCGAUUUCCAUAGAUAUAAUCGACGCAUUUAAGGCUCUGAAGUUUGACUGAUCCAUCAAUUGAUCGAUCUUCUUCUCUUUCUGUUAUAAAGAUCUCUGCGCCUAAAGCUUUUGCUAUUUUUCUUUUUUGUGAUUCAUUUAAAGAGGAGCAGAAGAGAAGAACAUGGGAAGAGCUCCUUGCUGUGAUAAACAAGGACUGAAGAAAGGACCUUGGACACCCGAAGAAGAUGAGAUUCUCGUUGAGUAUAUUAAGAAGAACGGCCACGGAAGCUGGAGAUCACUUCCUAAUCACGCAGGACUCUUUCGUUGCGGGAAGAGCUGUCGACUUCGGUGGACGAAUUAUCUUCGACCGGACAUCAAGCGUGGUCCUUUUACUCCGGACGAAGAGAAGAUUAUCAUCCAGCUGCAUGGCAUUCUUGGAAACAGAUGGGCAGCCAUAGCUUCUCAAUUGCCAGGAAGAACAGACAACGAAAUCAAGAACUUCUGGAACACCCAGUUGAAGAAGCGCCUUCUCUGCAUGGGUCUUGAUCCGCAAACGCAUACUCCUUCCUUCCCUUCCUGUGGACCUGUAGCUACCCCUUCGACAUCCCCGUCGACACGCCAUAUGGCACAAUGGGAGAGCGCCAGGCUUGAAGCGGAGGCCCGGUUGUCAAGAGAAUCCUUACUAUCUAACCUCCAACUAUCCUCUACGAAAGCCGAGGUUGAUUACUUCCUGCGCAUUUGGAAUUCUGAAGUAGGAGAAUCGUUCCGAAGGCUAAGCGGGCCAGAUUCAACGGCAUGUCAAAGCCCCAUUUCCCAAGUAUCGUCUUCGACAAAGUGGGGAUCAGGAUCAGGGUUGACAACCGAGGUGGCACCAGCCAUGACGGGUCGCCUUACUACUGAUCAACCCGAGGAGGUUGAGUGUAAAAAUAGCAAAGGGGGUGUAGAUGACUUGGCAGCUGGUUCAGACUGUUCUAUCUCUAACGAAGUAAAUGAUUCAUCAGACACGUCAUUGCAGCUGCUGCUGGAUUUCCCGGCCAGCGACGACAUGGGCUUUUUCCAAGGACAGAUGGACAACUUCUCCCUGUUACCAAACCUGCUAGACGAAUGUUCGUUCAAUUCGGCCCCUUGAAAUUUGACCAAUGACCAGGAAAAGAAACAAGUUUGAUUUUUAUCUUAUUUUUUCAUUGACUGUCAUGCUUGGAACAAGUGUCUCCCCUAGUGUCCUCGUUUUUUUCCCUCUUUUUUAUUUGUUUGGAUUUGUCAUCUCUCUCCAGGUUUGUUCCUUGGUCGAGUUCACAGCUAACGUAGAGAGGAGAGGGAGAGGAAGCUUCGAGGAGAGAGGGGAAGCUUUAAAAACCUCUGAUACCCGAGGUUUUUUCUUUUUUUUUUUUUCCUGAAAGCUCUGAUACCCAAGUUUAGUAAAUAUUAUUAAUAUAUUUUUGAUGUUCGCGUUUUUCCUUUCGUUUCGCAUCAGACAAAGUAAGUAAAUAUGAACUGUGUACGCGCGCGUAUGCUGUUGUCUUGUACAUAUAAGAGAAUAUGGUAGAAAGUACCGCUACGACCUGAUCUUUCGUCAGAAUGAGAAAGAAAUGGGAGUGUUGAAAAAGCAAAUUGCCGCUAUCGAGAGUUGCAGCAACGAUUAGAGAAAGAAGGAAAAUCAAAGGUGGAUAGGAAGAAUAGGAAGAAGAAGAAGGUGAGGGAGAAGAGAGAAGAGGAAGAUGGAGGGAGAGACAGAGAAUAGAUCAGGAGAGGAGAUUGUCGUUCCACUGCCACCUCUUUUCGAAGAGAGGGAGACAAUGAACAAUGGAGAAAGCGGUGAAGAAAUCGGUUCCUCUACCGUCCCUAUUCGAAGAGAGGGAGACAAUGAACAGUGGGAAAAACAGUAUCCGGUUCCUCUGUCAUGGAGAAAAUAUUGGUUCCUUGCCAGUAUCCGGUGAAGAAAACAUCGAAGGAAACAAUGGAGAAUAGAUCGGGAGAGGAGAACGUCGUUCCUCUGCCACCGCACUGGUUCUCUUGUCAGUAUCUGAUUCUCUUGCCACCCCACAGUGAAAAAAACGGUGAAGGGGUGGCAAUUUUACCCACAAAACCGGGUCCCCGAUCCGACCCGCCCCAAAUAGGGCGGAUUUUCCCCGAUCACAAAUGCAUACGAGUCGGGUUCGGAUAAUUUUUUUUGCCCUGGACCGGGGACGGGGUGGGGAUGGGGUCUGCUUAUAAAUCCCCGAACCCGCCGUGACCCCGGUUGUAGUUUACAACUAUACCCCUAUAUAUAUAAUGUAUUAAACGUAUUAGGGUAAGAGUAAUUUCGUGUUUCCUUCAGUUUCACUGUUCAACUUCAACCUCGCAGAAGGCAGAACCGCAAUUCGCAGUCGCACAUAGCCACAUAUAAAGACUCAAAGACCUUCAACCUUUGCACAACCACCGACCGCCGGGCGUCGCCGCCACCUUAGAACUGUCGGCCGACGUAGCACAGAGUUGCGGCUCAGUCUACAAUCGUUUUCAAUUCAGUCUUCGAUUGCAGACUGAGAAAUUGAGAAGUCUCGUUCAUCCGCCGACCGCCGUGCGCCGCCGACCACCAUAGCACAGAGUUAUUCUCAUUCUCAAUUGUUCUUCCGCCCAAGAUAUCCAAAGUGAUGUUAUGCAUUCAUUUUUCUUUCGAGCAAAAUUGAAUGCAUUCACUACCCAAAGUGAUGUACCGAGGGAACAAAUCGUCUUCACAGCUGCUGCAAAUGCUCCUGUUGGUGAGGAUUCUUGCACUUAUAACACCAUCAAUAGUGAUGAUUCAAAUAUAGACUAUGAGGAAAGUGGGGCUGUGGAUUGAAGUGGAAAGUUGUUUGAGCGAGAUGGAGCUGCAUUUGUGUACUUUGGAUCAGAAAAGAAGUGCAAGCGAGAGUCUUGGAAUCAGAUGACAGGUCUGCUGUUACAGAGAUCCAGAACAAGUCUAAAACUUCCAAGGCCUUUGUUGCUGAUGAACAUGCUUCCGAGCAA